GUGGGAAGAAGGUGAUAAGGAUGGAAGAAUUAGUGAGAUUGAGAGUAGGCUUGGAUGGCUUCUGGGGGCGAAGAAGAGGCUGGCUCCAGACAAGAGAGCCAGGAGGCGGCAGUCAGCCACAGGACGCAAAGCCCUUUGAGGAGGGUCUGGGGUGGGAGCAGAGGUGGGAUUAUGCCUGAAGACGUCACCCAGUGUUCAUAAAAGGGGCUGUGAUCAGAGAGCCAGAGAAAGCGAGCUCAGGAGCCAGCAGACUCCCUGAAGGUGUUCACCCACCCAGGGAGCUCCUCUCCCUCCAGUCCUCCAGUCAGGACCCAGCAAAGGGCACUUCUCAGACCUGCCUCUUCCUGCCAGAAUGAACCUGUUUUCUUCUUGGCAGCUGCUCUUUUUCCUCUGUGCCACCAACUUUGAGGAGCCAUUGGCCAAAAUGGCACCCGUGGAGAACCCUGGUCCUACAGGCCAGCGGCCGGGACCGUUGCAACUCUCCGAGCACGGCUUGCGGUGUGCAGAGAGGAAGCCCGGGGCCGCGGGGCCACGCCCUCGGGGGACCUCGCCUUGCCCACUUGUCGAGAGCUCCGCCGGGCUCCAGCGACCCGGCCUGUGCCCAGCCCGCAGCCGUCUGAUCCCUGAGCCUCGGGGCACCGUCCUGGUGCAGCGCGAGAAGGACCUGUCCUCCUACAACUGGAACUCGUUUGGCCUGCGCUAUGGCAGGCGGCAGGCUACACGUGUGGCGCGGGGCUGAGGGCAGGGCGGCUGGUGGACUCCAGCCGGAGACCAGCAUCUGAGGCCGCACCGGAUGCGGGGCGAGGCUGGACAGGCGUAAUAAAGCGAUCUGGCCCAGGGCAGUAAAGCAAUUCUGCCUUCUCUC